AUGGAUAAGCUAGACUUAAAUAUUUCAUUGAAACUAGCUGUGAAUGUAUUACAAUUGGCAAGCAGUUUAUCUGUGAAAAAAACCUCAGUACCAUCCGGAAUCUUGAAUGCAGUGCCAAAACCGCCCUCUAAUAACUCCACCUCUGAAUCAAAAAGCAUUUCCUUGGAUUAUUUUCAGUGUUCGCCCCCUUUUUCCAAGCGUUAUAUUUCAAACUUUACGACCGACUACAUGCAUAUACAUGUCAUGCCAGAGAGUACGGGCCAACCAGAUUUAGAUACUUGCCAAAUCCUUGCUCAGAUGCGUUUGCCCCACACCGCAUUCAACACUGACCUCGUUCAUCCCCCCUUUCUUGCAGCAAUGGUCUCUCGCCUAGUCAACACUAUCCGUAAUAUAGUUGGAGUCACAGGGAACGUUAUCUCACUAUUCCUCUUCUUGUCUCCUCUGCCAACUUUUGCUCAAAUUUGGAAGAAAAGGUCAGUGGAGCAAUUCUCGCCAGCCCCGUAUCUGGCAACCUUAAUAAACUGCAUGGUUUGGGUCAUUUACGGGCUGCCUAUGGUUCACCCCAACAGCACUCUCGUCGUUACCAUUAAUGGAACAGGGACCGCCAUUGAGCUCGUGUAUCUAACUAUCUUCUUGAUCUUUUGCAAUGAUAAGAAAAAGAGACUCAGAGUGCUGUUGAUCAUGCUGGUGGAGCUGGUUUUCAUGACCAUUCUUACGGCACUGGUUCUCACCGUGGCUCACACCACAGGACGCCGGUCCAUGGUCGUCGGAAUUAUAGCAAUUUUGGGUAACAUCAUGAUGUAUGCUUCGCCUUUAUCCGUCAUGAAACUGGUGAUCUCGACGAAAAGUGUGGAGUAUAUGCCGUUUUUCCUCUCCCUGGCUUCCUUUGCCAACGGCGUUGCUUGGACUACUUACGCUUUCCUCCCUUUUGAUCCUUUCAUUGCUGUUCCGAAUGGACUAGGGACAUUGUUUAGCAUCGCGCAGCUGUUGUUGUACGCCACAUAUUACGAGUCCACAAAGAGAAUAAUAGCAGCAAGGAAAGAGACGAAGAUGGAGAUGAAUCUGUCUGAGGUGGUCGUCAAUGAUCCCAACAAGACUGCCAGAGCCUUUUAA